AUGCUCCUGGGUGCCCCGGCUCACGUUUUCCCUGUGGCGCUCGUGCUCGCGGGGCUGCCCUGUGAUCAGAUGAGCAAACAGGCCUGGCUCAAAACGAAACUAAAAUACAUGAAGCUGAAAAAGUACUUGAAAGAAGUAGAUGAACGACGGAAAAGAGCUCUUCUGCGAAACCAGGCCCUUUUAAAGGAAUUUGCCCAAUUUGAAGCUUACAUGAAGACUUUGGGUUCAGAGAUGAUUCAGAAGAUGGAGGCAUGGCGUGGAAGAGAAAUUAAAAGCGUGUUAUCACUUGGAGAGGGUAACUUGUCAGCAGAAGGUGACAAGGGAGCAGGAUCCGACGAGCAGAUGCCGUGGGCUGGAAGACAGACAGGAAUUAGCACCGGGACAGCCAUGCCAAGAGGACUGUAUCAUCCAGCAACAGUCUUGAUGGGCUGCCACACACCAGCUGUCUUGGCCGACGGAGAUUUGGGCGUGUGGCAGAAGCCCCCUGAGCCCACAGAGAGCUGCACAGCGCCUGGCUCGCCCUCGUGCUCUCCAUCACUCGAAGGACUUGGUCCAGAGAGCAGAAGCGCUGAUGUAGAGAGUGAUGCAUCAGUGGAGGGAGCAGGGAGAGGCAGGGGCCUAGCAGCCAGUGAGGAAGGCUCCAAGCAACUCACCUCCUCAGCGUCUGAUCCCGAAGCAGCUGCUUCCGAGGAGGAACGGCCGCGGGGAAGUGUCCCAGCAGACGGCGGGGAGCGGGGCAGGGAUGCCCACGCCACCGAGGGCUCCCUGCUGCAACCACCAGACCCUCCCGCGGUGCCGGAGGAGCCCUCGGUCAGCUCAGCACCAGAUGGGUGCCACGGGAUGCUGCCAGGACUCUCCCGUGCGCUGCAGCUGACGGAAGACGCGGUGAUGAGGACGAGCCCCCGGCACCGGGCGCUGUACCAGGGCGAGCACACGGGGACGGUGGGGACGGCGGAGCUGCUCAGCUUUUGUAAUCGGGCCGGCAGUCUGAAAGAAGACGACCUUGAAGCAUGCCAGGCAGUCAUCCUUCACCAGCUUCGGGCUCUGUCGCGGAGCACGUGGAACGGGAGCCUCCGACCCGAGAAAGCCCUCGAUGCUGGAGGCCGAGCGGCGGGGGAAGAGCAGACCAGGCCAGACCAGCAGUGGGACACGGACAUGCUGCAGACUUACUUGACCAACCAUGCCUUGUUCCUGAAGAAGCACCGAGUUCAGCUGACGGAAGAAGUGGCGGAGAUGUUUGAAAGCCUGCUGGUUUCCGGCAGGAAGGCGCGGGACAGCCAGGCUCUACCGGUGUCGAGAGAGGUCCUUCCAGAAGAGCGUGGGGAUAGGUCAUCUGCUGAGAGCAUUGACUCAUCUUGCAGCUCGCCGUCGAUCCCCAGGGAGGGCAGGGAAGUGCAGCAGGCGAAACACGCUGCCCCGCUCGCCGGCACCGGAGAACAAGAAGUCACAAGCGGGCGUGAAGAUGAGAGCAGGGAAGAAAGCGCGGUCGAAAAGAUUCCUAUUACAGGUUGGGAUGUUGGCGAUGAGAGUUGCCAAGCAAAAGAACACCAAGAAACGCGUUCGGAAACGAGUUCUUCAUGGAAUGAGAGAAGCCCUCCCUCCUCAAGGGCUGAAACCAAGAAGAGAAUGGUAACUGCCAUAAAGUCCAAAGCUUUCUGGGGCGAAUCUGACGACAGCAGCUCCGAGAUUGAGGCUGCUUUGCGGCCACAGACUCACAGCACAGAAGCAGACGACUUUGAUGACUUCUACCAUUAA